AUAAUUGGUGUGAGGUCCGAAGCCAUUCCUGGUAAAUUAAACGAAGUGGAAGGACUGAUGCGUGGAUUCAUUCCAACCACCUUAGAUACAUCUAUAAUUGAUGAAUGGUACGAAUGCAGUAAUAAAGACUCAUUCAUGUGUGCAAGACGACUAAUAAGCGAGGAAGGGUUGCUAUGUGGUGGUAGUAGUGGUGCAGCUAUGUCGAUCGCUCUAGAGGCUGCUAAGGAAUUGAAUGUUGGACAACGUUGUGUUGUCAUGUUAGCAGACUCUGCCAGAAACUAUUUGACAAAAUUCAUAUCAGAUGACUGGAUGAGAGAUAGGAAGUAUUUGGAGAAAGAGGUAUCAACAAAAAUCCAGAGAUGGCGGGAAAUGAAAGUGUCAUCAUUAGAUCUUGUCUACUCACCCACACUAUUAGCAUCACUUCCUUGUAAUGAUUGUAUCAACAUCAUGGAAAUGAAAGAAUUGGAGCAGAUGUCAGUAGUGGACGAAAGAGGAACACCACCGAUAGAAAAGAAUUAG